AAAUUAAUUCACAAAAUCAAAUAGAAAAAAUAAAAUGUCCUUUAUGUGCUAAAAAUCAUCUUUUAUAUACAUGUGAAAAUUUUCGUAACUUGCCUAUUGAUACACGAAUUACUAAAGUAAAAGAAUUCAAUCUUUGUUUUAAUUGUUUACGUCCGGGUCACUUAACUAAUCGAUGUAGAUUGUCGCAUUGCAAAUACUGUAAAGGCAAACAUAAUACGCUUUUGCAUGUUGACAAGCCUAAACCUACUUCUUACCAAGACCCCAUGCCUAGUAGUGUUGCCUUACCAACUAGAAUUUCUGGAGGCGCCUCUUUACCUACUUGCACGCCAGAUAAUGUAGUCUUAGCUAGUGACACGUCUACUGUACAUCAUACUACAUCUUCGCAUAUUUUGCUUUCCACAGCGUUGGUGAAAGUGGUCAGCGAGGGCAAGAAGGUCGACGCAAGAAUACUGCUGGAUAACGGUAGCACAGCCAACUUUAUUACGAGUUCAUUUUGUGACAGACUGCGAUUGCCUAGACGUAGUGCGAGCUCCACGGUGACAGGUAUAAAUAGUCAGAGUUCCACUAGCACACAGUCCUGUAACUUAGUCAUCGAGUCAAAUAACGGCGACUACAAAGCAGAGAUCGACUGUUUCAUACUGCCUCAGAUCACAAAACCAUUGCCGUUAUCAGUAAUUGAUACAACUAAAAUCCAAAUUCCAUCAAAUAUACAUCUAGCUGACCCUUCCUUUCAUAUUCCGUCAGCCAUCGACAUCUUAGUUGGCGCUGAAAUAUUUUGGAGCGUCAUAGGUCACGCUUCUAUUGACCUAGGCAAAAAUCAGCCCAAGUUUUAUGACACAAAGCUAGGGUGGAUUGUGUCAGGCCCUGUUGUGGCUCUUCAAUCACGUCCAUCGUCCUCAAAGCUUUCACAUUUUUGUAAUUUUUCCACAAUUGAAUCUAAUUUUCACCUUUGUUUGUUGUCUCAAUCUAAAUCAUAUUCAUCUAAUUUUUCAUCGCAGGAGGAACGAGCUUUGAAACAUAGAAAAGCACCUCCAAGCACACGGUGGACCUACACACCGUCUAUGAGCAAUCCAGCUGAUCAUUUUUCUCGCGGGCUGCAGGCUGACCUUAUCAGCGAGUGUUCUAUGUGCUCACGGCCUGACACUCGUAUUCAAAAAUGCCCGAGAAUAACGUGAAACAUUGCAUAAUAUUCCCAUUUCCAUAGUAUUCACAAUUUGUAACAUUUAAUUUCAACAUAUCAAAAUAAUUACAAUUAAUUUAUUUAUAGCAAGAUUUAGAUACACUUAAAAUAUUUAUUAUACAUUCAACUUAAAUACUAACUUAUUUACAACUUACAAUUAUCUUUAAGUUGUCUAGUCUCUCAGGCAAUGUAAAUGAUGACGUUGUCAUCCGUGUAGGCGGAAGGCUCGGUCUCCCUCCGCACGACUUUGUAUCAGUGCAUUAUUAUUACUUCUUAAUUUAGUUUUACAACGCCUAUAAUAUAAUUAGUAAAAUCGAUUAUCUUACUUCAUGCUAGGCCAGUAUUCAUACCUAUCGAAAGGUAAAUAUGUAAGCUUAUAAAGUUUUAAUUGUGUACCUUUGUCUGUUUUGCAGUUAAAACCGUGCACGCCGAGUUCGUUGCACUGCUGUUUCUAAACCGAGUCGUGGCUCUUCAGGGCAAACCCAAGAGCAUUCUGUACAACUACAGCAUCAAUUUUGUGACUGACGUCUACGUGACUCGACUGCAGCGCUUCAACGAGUUCAACGCAUCAGGCAGCACUUCUGGAAUCGAUCUUACUCAUGAGUAACUUGCUUUCUUCAGCUGGAUGGAUAACUUCAUGGACCAAGAAGAGGACCUUUGACCACUUCCCUACUUCCCGAAGAGGUCAACCCGGGGAGGAUGUUCGAGCACCUUCGGCUGCCCUCGGCUGCUCUCGGCCCAGAGGCGCGGGCGCGCGGCACCCGCGGCGAUCAGCCGCUCACUUCACCUCACGCCACCGCAGACACCGCGCGCGCUCCCUUGCUUAUAAUUGCCAACCAAACUGUGUUUAACGUAGUCUCAAUAAACCUGUAAUACAGUC